AUGGUCGAAAUCAAGCAUGAGUCCUUAGCUCAGGAUAGCUCGCAUUUCUCAUCUCCUUCGUCAAACGAAGAGGAGAGUAAACAUAGGCUCAUAUAUAGCAAGUCGAAGGUGUACGUCAAUCCGACAGCAUAUGCCAAAGACAACAUUCCAGGAUUUGUUGCCCUUGUGAAAAGGGACGGUAUUAAUCCUACAUACCUCCUCGCAUGGAUCCCGGAAACGUUGCUUCAUGAGAAGGGAGAGAAGGAAUGGAACAAAUUUAUGAAGUUCGAAGAGAGCACGGCCGUGGAUGACGAAUAUGAGGCAGAUGCCGUAUUGAUCGAUCUCCCGGUACAACGCCCCGAGUCCUACGCGUUCUCUGUGCCAGUUACUUCAAUCUACUCUCUGAUUGUAAACUCGCCUUCGCUAUCAUCAUGGUAUGGAUCAAUUGCGAUCAAUCUCAUAAGCGGUUCUACGCUGCCGACAUUGCAUUUUCAUGAUGAUGAGUCUCAGUCAUUCACAAUGUCCGCAAAAUCGCCCACAGAUACCCCGCGGAGCCCCUCCACAUAUCCACCGCCACCAUCAGAUGCCACGCCGCCACCCAAGACCGGUAGCACCUGGGGCGGGGAGGAUCUGCUUGCUCGGCUGCGGUUCUACGCCCAUAUCCUGCGUUCCAGUCUCCAGCCGAAUCUAUAUUUGGUAGACCCGUCCAGAGAGGAUAUUGAGACACAUUCUACUCAGCUGUUUUCGGACACAGCUGUCGACGACAUCCUCGCCCAGUCCUCGUUUGCCAACUCGCACUCCCCUAUCCCUGCCCACCGCCGUCCGCGUCCCGUCUCAUCACCUCCCAAUCCGUAUUCUAUGCGCGCGUCCAUUCUCCACCGCUCACUACCUCAAGGGUCCUCUUCAAACGCUUCGGGCUCGCAAGCACGGAUGGCAUUGCUUCAAUCAUUCUCACAGAUUACUCGCCACGCUGCCCAUGCUGCGCAGCAGAUUCUGUCACACCCGCUCGCGAAACCUAUCGUGCCUCAUCUUCCUGAUCCCGUAAAGAGCCUUGUCAACGCUAACGGCGAGUGGGAAUGGGGAAGCUGGGUAGAGAAGGGCGGUGUUGGCGAGUUCGAGAGUGCCCGCGUGUAUCUUGCGCGGUGGGCGCGCAUCGUGGCGGAAGAGGGCGAGCGGGCACGGCGACAAGAAGCACAAGCAUUGCCAUCCUCCUCAGAGCCGGCAGAAGAGUCGUCUUCCCUAGGCGUUUUCGAACUCCUGCAGUCGACGGCGAAUUUGCCGACCCCGAAAUCAUCCCGAAAUCCUAAACACCCUGUUGAUGAGAGGCAAUGGAGAAAAUGGUUCGAUCCGGAGGGGCGUCCGAAAACAAGGAUCGAGGAGAUGAGGCGUGAGAUUUUCAGUCGCGGUACCAGCUCCACUGGAAUGCUUCGGCAGGAAAUCUGGCCGUUCUUACUUGGAGUAUAUGAAUGGGAUGCAACCGCUGCUGAGCGGGCUCAAAAAUGGGAAGAGAAACGGUCACAGUAUCAGUCGCUCAAGAACGAGUGGUGCGGGGUCCCAGAAGUAUUCGAACGCCCAGAUAUCCUCGAAGAACGACAUCGAAUAGAUGUAGAUUGCCGGAGGACGGACCGCUCGCAACCACUGUUCGCAAGUACUACACCUAAUUCUACGCCUGCGAGCGAGGAUGUAGAGGAUGAGAAGCGGAUGCAUAUGCGCUAUUCAACCAUGUCACCGCAGACGUGUGAUAUCGGCGCACAGGCACCGACAAACGAGCACAUCGAGCGCUUGGCUUCCAUUUUACUGACAUACAAUCUAUACGAGAAAGAGCUCGGCUACGUCCAGGGAAUGUCAGAUCUUUGUGCCCCAGUGUACGUCGUGAUGGACGGUGACGAGGAGCUGACGUUUUGGUGCUUCGUUGAGAUUAUGGAUCGCAUGAAACAGAACUUUCUCCGCGACCAAAGCGGCAUGCGCAAGCAACUGUCAACUCUCCAGCAAUUGAUUGCUGUGAUGGAUCCAGAGCUCUAUCGGCAUCUAGAGAAAACAGAUUCACUCAACCUGUUCUUCUGUUUUCGAUGGAUCUUGAUUCACUUCAAACGCGAAUUUCCCUUCGAAGAUGUCUUACGCCUAUGGGAAGUGUUGUGGACCGACUAUUAUAGUAACAACUUUGUUAUUUUCGUCGCUCUUGCCGUCUUGGAGUCGCAUCGCGAUGUCAUUAUGCGGUAUCUGGUUGAGUUCGAUGAGAUACUGAAGUACUGCAACGAGCUCAGCAUGACUAUAGAAUUAGACUCGACGCUCGCCCAAGCCGAAGUCUUGUUCCUGUCCUUUGCCCAGUUAGUCGCCGACAUGGACCGUCGUCAGGCCGAGGAGAAUCCUACCUCGGUGGGAACUGCUCGCCGGCGGAUCAAGACAAAUUCUACCGGCGGACCGGAAGCUGGGAAUAAUGAACGCAGGGUCGCCACGAAACGAGUUUCUCUGAGUGACGACAUGCGGUCCUUAUUGGUCGCCGGACGGUGA